UCUUUGCGGGGUUCAGCGAUGGGCCCGAUGGGAUGACGUGAUGACGAUGGAGCGAUGCAGGACGUUUUUAUAUACGCCAUUGCUUCCUAAUAUGUCCUCAUUGUUUCGAAUUCUGACAUUUGGGUCACUUGCAAGCUUCGCAAAUACAAGGAGCCUUUCUGGACGCGCCCAUAUCCGUCUGAACCAUUGCGGCUUGUUCUGGAGCUAGCCAGGUUUCUUUAAAAGUACUCUACAUCAUCUAUAUAUCAUCGAGGGCAAUGGCAGAUCCUGCUAUGAAGCCUUUGAAAUUUCAUCGCAACAAGGACGGGUCGCUGCAGUUGGCGCCGUACCAUAAGGGUAUGUCUUACCCCGAGGCUGCUAGAAAGCUCAAGACGAUGUUCCUGAACCUGGAAUACCACAGCAGCGCUGAGGCCAUCCAUCAGCUCCGUCAUCUCGAAAGCCUCAUCAGGAUGCACGGAGAGGAGUACAAGGGGGCAUGCGUUGAAACAGCAGUUGCGGAGGUGGCUGAGGCAAUGGCGAACUUAUACGACGAGUACUCGCACGAGAGCACCCAGCUCGUGUUCAACAUGCUCAUCCCCGCUGUUCCUGGCUUCUUAAACGCACAUGAGCAGCUGGUGGUGGUGAACGCAGGCACGAGCAGGACAGCUCAGUUGACCAUUGACUGGCCGGCACCCCCUGCACCGGCGGACGCCGCCGCCGCCGCCAACAUUGCUGCCGCCGCCGCCAACGCUGCGGCUGCCCCUGCCGACGGCACCAAUGCUGCGGCUGCCCCCGCCGACGGCGCCAACGCUGCGGCUGCCCCUGCCGACGGCACCAAUGCUGCGGCUGCCCCCGCCGACGGCGCCAACGCUGCGGCUGCUCCUGCCGGCGGCGCGGACGGCGGAGAGAACGGUGGCGGCAGCGACGACGAAGGGAUUGUAUCGGCCUCCGCUGAUCCCGAGGAGGUGCAGCGCGCGUAAGCAAGGGCACGUGGACGUCUGUUGGCAGCGAUGUGGCGCCGUGCCAAACGGCACCUGCAGCGGUGUUAGGCGUGUGGUGUUCGCAGGGAUGGCUAUUGUUGCAUAUGUUCGGAUAUGGUGGACAUGUCAUGGCGCAUGGGCAUGUCGACCGCCUCUCCUUCAUCCUUUGCUCAUAGUUUGCAGCCGUGAACUGUGCGUGCCGUUAUGCGUGCGUCUGUGCGUGCGUGCGUAUGAUUUCGUGUGUAGGCAAGGCGUAGGCGUGGAUGCGGGUGGAGCAGGGAUGUGUGGCACAUGAACUAACAUACACAGAAGGUGCGGGCGUGAGCAUGGGUGUGUUCGUGAUUAUAAGUGCGACUGUAUGCGUGCGUUCGAAUAUGAGGAUGUGACCACUGUGAAACUGGUUGUUACUCUGUGAGCCUCUAUUGGGUAGCAUAUGCAAUGCCGUAUGUUCGUUGUUAAAGGGACGACGGAAAGUGCAGAUUGAGGUAGACCGGUGGUGGCGCAGGUGAUAAGAGGGUAAAUACCUUGGAAAGCGCUCGUCCUAGCUCUCAACCCUCAAUUUAGCUGCAUGCCGACCGUCACCGUCCCAGAGUCUGCCUUUCCUUCUCACACCCAUGCACCAAUGU